AUGAGUGCAGUCCGUCCUUUUGUUCCAAAUUACCUCCCGCCAGCAUCCAGUGACAAGUCGGCAACUUGGAGCGACAACUCGUGCUACUACUCGGCAAGCCGCAACAACGCCAACACACUAGGCCAGCCGCAGUAUGGUUCAAUGUGGUCUGUGAAUGAGCAGCAGGCUUGGAACAACAAUAAUUAUAUGCCGUAUUGGCCCUACCCGUCCCAGCCAGCCCAUUUGCCCGUGUACGACACCACCCCCACCGCCAACGUGCCGGUUGCGCCUGUAUAUUCUGUCCAGCCAUAUAUGAUCGCCGGAAUGGCGCCAAUCAACUAUGGUCCGGUGUACUUGGCGCCUCCACCGGCACCGCACCCGUCGCACUAUUAUACCUACAACGACUCCCGGCAAUUUGGCAAUGCCGGCCAACUGCCCUGCCCGCCCCAGGCAGCCGCCAUCACAAUGCAAAACACUGUUAAGCCAGUGACACCUGUUUUAGAUUACGACCUCAAUGUGAUGUCCGCAUUUUUGUCGACCAUGGCUAGCGGAAUUAUGCUGAAUAGAAAGCCUCUCUGGACCGACCUGGAGCAGGAAACUUUCCAAAAGUUUGUUUACAUGACGCUGAGCUCAACGAGACUGUCGAAACACACCGUCAUACUGGCACUGGUCUACUUGUCGAAAAGAUGGUCUUUGGGCGACUUGCCUUUGCAGCACGACAUUCAUGGACUGUACAUACUGUUUGUCGUUUCGCUGGUUCUUGCCAACAAGUGCCACGAUGACAACACCUUCACCAACGCAUCAUGGUGUCAGGCCACAGGCAUUUCAUCCGUUGAAAUCACAAAAGCAGAAAUCAGCUGGCUCGCCAAAAUCUCCUGGAGCCUAGAACUGGCCAGCAUGGAAUGCGAAGGCUGGAACAAAUGGCACGAGUGCUGGACAGUGUUCAGCAGCCAAAAUCAGCAUCAGCAGCACCCACAGGCGCUUCUGCGCGACCAGCAGCAGCUGCCUACCCCGUCCAUCUCGCCCCAAGCGGUGAACCGCGAGCCAGCGGUCGGAUUAAACGAAAAUUCGUGGCACGUACCGGUUGCCACUGUUGCAGCGUUCUAG